GCGUCGGCGUCGCUCCCGCGCUGGGGCAGUAGGCCGGCUUCUCUCCGCGGGCCGCGGUUAGGUGUCGGUGGCGAAGGGCGCGCGAAGGGCCGCCAGCCGCGCGGCGUCGGCCCUGGCGUCGGGGUCGUUGUGUCGUCACAACGACUCCGGUAGUCGUCUCCGCGACAGCAGGUGCGGCCGCUUUAGCCCCAGGCGGGCUCCGCGGCUGCCUGGCGAGUCUGUGCACGCGCCCAGCCCUUUCCUUCCUGGACCCGGCGCCAAGCAGCGACGCUGAGCCGACCGCCGGAGCGGCGGGCAAUGGCGGCCUCGACGGCCUCGCAUCGGCCCAUCAAGGGGAUCCUGAAGAACAAGAGUUCUACGACUUCCUCUGUGGUGGCCUCGGCCGAACAGCCCGGUCGGAGUGUCGACGAAGAGCUGAGUAAAAAAUCCCAGAAGUGGGAUGAAAUGAACAUCCUGGCGACAUACCAUCCAGCAGACAAAGACUAUGGUUUAAUGAAAAUAGAUGAACCUAGCACUCCUUACCAUAGUAUGGUAGGUGAUGAUGAAGAUGCUUUGAGUGAUUCAGAAACCACUGAAGCCUUGACCCCAGAUAUCUUAGCAAAGAAAUUAGCUGCUGCUGAAGGCUCAGAGCCAAAGUAUCGGGUUCAUGAACAAGAAAGCAGUGAAGAUGAGGAUAGUGACCUCUCACCUGAAGAACAAGAAAAAAAGCGACAAUUUGAAAUGAAAAGAAAGCUUCACUACAAUGAAGGACUGAAUAUUAAAUUAGCUAGACAAUUAAUUUCAAAAGACCUGCAUGAUGAUGAGGAAGAUGAAGAAAUGUCAGAGACAGCAGCUGAAGAAUGCAUGAACGUGGAACAAUCAAAUCAAGGAUCUACUGCAAGUGACCAACUGCAAAACAAAUCACAGAGUUCAUAGAAAAGACUUGUUCAACACUGUAAUUGUCAGAUAUAAACCUUGUUACUAUAAUACACUGCUUCUUGUUCUCAACAAUUCAUGACUUAAGUACCAAAAUGCAUACCAAUUAUUAUAUAUUGCCAAGAAUUAAAUAGAGACUAAUUAGAAUGAAA